GGUUGGAUGAUCCAAAAGGAAAGACAAUUGGGUAUGGGCUUUCCCUAGAGAAUUGAAAUAAAACUCAUAAUAUUUAUUUUGAGAGAAGAAAGAAAAGUUGGAGGAGGAGGAGAGAUAAUGAUGAUUGAUGAAGAGGAGAAGAAGAAGAAGAAAGAGGAAAAUAAAAGCAAAGAGAGAGAGAGAUAUAGAUGAAGUACUAUCCUUGAGUAGUACUCAUGUUGGCAUCUUCUCAAACACUUCCAACCAGACAGAAGAGUUCUCCCCACUUCUGCUCCAAUUGGAAAGAAGAUCUUUCCCAUAUCUUUUCAGUACUGCACCCUUCUUCGUCUCCACUUUCUCUUGAGAAUAUCUUUCUUCUGGGUCAUGGAAGGAGAUGAAGCUAAACCUGCAACAAGUGAAAGGUCAAGAAGAAAGUUCAAGAAAAUCUGUGUGUUCUGCGGCAGUAGAGCUGGUCACAAGCCUGCAUUCAGUGAUGCAGCCGUCGAUCUCGGCAAGCAGCUGUUUUCUUGUUUUGAUUCUCAGGUUGAGAGGAAUAUUGAUCUGGUAUAUGGGGGAGGAAGUGCUGGCCUAAUGGGUUUGAUCUCUAAAACUGUUUUUGAUGGAGGUUGCCAUGUUCUUGGAAUACUUCCUAGAGCUCUUUUGCCCCAUGAGAUAUCAGGAGAAUCCAUAGGAGAAGUAAAAACAGUCUCAGACAUGCAUCAGAGGAAGUCAGAGAUGGCGAAACAUGCCGAAGCUUUCAUUGCUCUUCCUGGUGGCUAUGGAACCAUGGAAGAACUGUUGGAGAUCAUUGCUUGGUCUCAAUUGGGAAUUCAUGAAAAGCCUGUGGGGUUGUUAAACGUUGAUGGGUAUUAUAACAGCUUGCUUGCAUUGUUUGACAAAGGAGUGGAAGAAGGCUUCAUACAAGGCUCGGCAAGAAACAUUGUGAUUUCAGCAGGAGUAUGCACCAGCCCAUGAUACAGUUGCACCCAGACAAAGCUGGGAAGUGGAUCAAUUAUUAGAGUCUACAACAACAGGUCGGGAGCAAGCCCCAGGAUCUUCCAACUCUUGAUCAACCUGUUUGUACAUUUAUAUAACAUAUAUUUUCUGUGUAGUUCCAUUUUAAUCAAGGGAAAGGGACACCGAAAGCUUGGGCCAAAAUCUCUCUCAGAUCCCUCGUGCUAAUCACCCUUUAAUUUGAAUGAUUGACAAACAUACAGUAUUUUUAUAUAAUAGUAGUGCUGUCCAAAUAGAAUUCUUAUAUAGAAUUUUUAUAUUUAUUCGGAAGAAGAAAACUUCAUCAUAAUGACAUAUAAUUUUCAAAAUAUCAUUAGAAUAUAGUUUUUAUGUUUUUUUUUUUUACAAAAGUUAAAUAAAAAUAUCAUUUUCCCUCGUGCAGAACCAAGAUUUGAGAAAGCAAAAGAAAAGGAAUAUGCUGACAUAUGCAUGUAAAAUUUCACCCCCACAAAUAUUAUAUAAAAUAAUUUUAGUUUUUUCAUUUUCUUUUUUGUCAAAAAUUUCCACCUCCCAGAUAUAUAGAACCUUGAAGUAAUGUGUUAUUUCCUAUAUGUGCGUUUGUGUGAGGUGUCACUUGGCCAUUGACCAUGGCAAAAAAGCAGUAAUGGUGACUUUGUUGACUGGGUAGGCUGUGGAAAAGUGAAGCAAAGGAUAGACUGAUGUUUCUGUUUGGAUUCGCUUUGCCCAAGCUUUCAAGUGGCCAAGAGCCUUGUCCAUUUCCUUGUUUAAUUUUCCUGGGGUGGGCCAUUUUGGGAAUAUACCAUUCUAAUGUGAGGUUGGGAGCCUCAGGAUUUUGUAUUGAUUUCAUCAGUGAGGCUCCUUAGGGUCUAGACCCCCACUUUGCAAUGACAGUUUUGUAGUUUUGUGGCUUCCCAGCUCCUUUUUUGUUGAUUAUAUAUUAUUAUUCCAGAAUGGAGCAGUGUUUUCCCACCAUGCAGUGCAGCCAGAUGCUACUGUUAAAAAUGUGAUGGACACGUGAAGUUGAGAUUACGGGCAAAUAAGACUCCCACACAAACACAAUCAUCAUAUGUUAAUGGAAAAUGACAUCUCUACACAAUUUUUAUGACAAGAAAUCACCUAAUCAACUAAAAAUCAAAUU